AUAACUUCAUCUAUAUAGACUGACUAUAUAGACCUCCUGAUAACCCUGAUAACUGGACGUAACUUGGACUAUAUAGAAACAUGAAUAUAACACGUAAUUUUUGUUUAAAUCAGUUGAAACAAUGUCAACGCAGAUUUGCGGCUCCAUCAAUUCGAUGGCAGACAACACAGGCUACAUCAAAUCAAACCACAUCCAACGAGGAGGGUACGACACAUUUUGGUUUCCAAACCAUUAAGGAAAGUGAAAAGGUGGAGAAGGUCCACAAGGUCUUUGAAGAUGUUGCCAAAUCCUACGACAUCAUGAACGACGCCAUGUCGAUGGGAAUACAUCGUGUAUGGAAGGAUAUAUUUAUUGAACGUUUGGGACCACAACAUGGCACCUGUCAUUUGGAUAUGGCUGGCGGUACGGGCGAUAUUUCUUUUCGUUUUAUCAAAUAUCUACAGAACCAGGCCAACCCCAAGGGUCUGAAAAGUCAUGUCACUGUGUCCGAUAUUAACCAACACAUGUUGAAUGUGGGCGAAGAAAGAGCCAAGAAAUUGGGUUUAACCGAGGAGAAAUUGUCAAAUAUGUCCAUUGAGUGGAAAUGUGCAGAUGCCGAGAAUUUGCCGUUUGCCGAUAAUUCCUAUAACUCGUAUACAAUUGCAUUUGGUAUUCGAAAUUGUACACAUAUUGAUAAGGUCCUUAGUGAAGCCUAUCGUGUCUUAAAACCUGGCGGUCGUUUCAUGUGCCUGGAGUUUAGCCAUUUGAAUAGUAACACCUUGCAGUGGAUUUAUGAUCAAUAUUCCUUUAAUGUUAUCCCACCCAUGGGCCAAAUAUUGGCCGGCCAAUGGCAACCCUAUCAAUAUUUGGUCGAAAGUAUACGAAAGUUUCCCAAACAAGAAGAUUUCAAGCAAAUGAUUGUUGAUGCUGGCUUCAGUAUGGUGCGCUAUGAAAAUUUAACAUUCGGCGUUGUUAGCAUACAUUCGGGAUUUAAGUUGUAGGGGUGGUAGCUGUGUAAGUUGGGUGAUAGAACAAUUAGUGAAAAACGAAACGUAGAGUUAUGGUGUGUUGACCAAAAACCAAAUAAGAAUAAAAACAUUUUGUUUGUGUAUUUUUAUUUCAA